AGUGCAGCAGCCGCUGGACGUCGACAUCCGCGAGUGGUCCCAGCUGCACGGCAGAGAGCAGCACGACCCAGAGCAACACGACAGAGAGCAGCAGCCCGGGGACGUUGACAUCCGCGAGUGGUCCCAGCAGCACGGCAGACGGCAGCACGCCCCGGAGCAGCACGACAGAGAGCAGCAGCCCUUGGACGUCGACACCCGCGAGCGGUCCCAGCAGCUCGGCAGAGAGCAGCACGACCCGGAGCAGCACGACAGAAAGCAGCAGCCCUUGGACGUGGACAUCCGCGAGUGGUCCCAGUGGCACGGCAGGGAGUGGCACGACCCGCAGCAGCACGACAGAGAGCAGCACCCCUUGGACGUGGACACCCGCGAGGAGUCCCAGCAGAACGGCAGAGAGCAGCACGACCCGGAGCAUCGCGACAGAGAGGAAGAGCAGCCCUUGGAUGUUGACAUCCGCGAGUGGUCCCAGCAACACGGCAGAGAGCAGCACGACCUUGAGCGGCACGACAGAGAGCAGCAGCCCUUGGACGUUGACAUCCGCGAGUGGUCCCAGCAGCACGGCAGAGAGCAGCACGACCUGGAGCAGCACGACAGAGAGCAGCAGCCCUUGGACGUGGACAUCCGCAAGUGGUCCCAGCAACAUUGCAGAGAGCAGCACGACCCGGAGCAGCACGACGGAGAGCAGCAGCCCUUGGACGUUGAGAUCCGCGAGUGGUCCCAGCAGCGCGGCACAGAGCAGCACGACCCGCAGCAAGACCUGGAGCAGCACGACAGAGAGCAGCAGCCCUGGGACGUUGACAUCCGCGAGUGGUCCCAGCAGCACGGGAGAGAGCAGCACGACCCGGAGGAGCACGACAGAGAGCAGCAGCCCUUGGACGUCGACAUCCGCAAGUGGUCCCAGCAGCACGGCAGAGAGCAGCCCGACCAGGAGCAGCACGACAGGGAGGAGCAGCCCUUGGAUGUUGACAUCCGCGAGCGGUCCCAGCAGCGCGGCAGAGAGCAGCACGACCCGGAGCAGCACGACGGAGAGCAGCAGCCCUUGGACGUUGAGAUCCGCGAGUGGUCCAAGCAGCGCGGCGCAGAGCAGCGCGACCCGGAGCAGCUCGACAGAGAGAAGCAGCCCUUGGAGCAGCCCUUGGAUGUUGACAUCCGCGAGUGGUCCCAGCAACACGGCAGAGAGCAGCACGACCUUGAGCGGCACGACAGAGAGCAGCAGCCCUUGGACGUUGACAUCCGCGAGUGGUCCCAGCAGCACGGCAGAGAGCAGCACGACCUGGAGCAGCACGACAGAGAGCAGCAGCCCUUGGACGUGGACAUCCGCAAGUGGUCCCAGCAACAUUGCAGAGAGCAGCACGACCCGGACCAGCGCGACAGAGAGCAGCAGCCCUUGGACGUUGGCAUCCGCGAGUGGUCCCAGCAGCACGGCAGGGAGUGGCACGACCCGCAGCAGCACGACAGAGAGCAGCAGCCCUUGGACGUUGACAUCCGCGAGUGGUCCCAGCAGCGCGGCAGAGAGCAGCCCGACCAGGAGCAGCACGACAGAGAGCAGAAGCCCUUUGACGCUGACAUCCGCGAGUGGUCCCAGCAGCACGGCAGAGAGCAACACGACCCGGAGCAGCACGACAGAGAGCAGCAGCCCGUGGACGUUGACAUUUGCGAGUGGUCCCAGCAGCACGGCAGAGAGCGGCACGACCUGGAGCAGCGCGACAGAAAGUUGCAGCCCUUGGACGUCGACAGCCGCGAGUGGCCCAAGCGGCACGGCAGAGAGCGGCACGACCCGGAGCAGCACGACAGAGAGCAGCAGCCCUUGGACGUGGACAUCCGCGAGUGGUCCCAGCAGCACGGCAGAGAGCAGCACGACCCGGAGCAUCGCGACAGAGGGCAGCAGCCCUUGGACGUUGACAUUUGCGAGUGGUCCCAGCAAAACGGCAGACAGCAGCACGACCCGGAGCAGCGCGACAGAGAGCAGCAGCCCUUGGACGUUGACAUCCGCGAGUGGUCCCAGCAAUGCGGCAGCGAGCAGCACGACCCGCAGCAGUCCUUGGACGUUGACACCCGCGAGCGGUCCCAGCAGCGCGGCAGAGAGCCGCGCGACCCGGAGCAGCGCGACAGGGAGCAGCAGCCCGUGGACGCUGACAUCCGCGAGUGGUCCCAGCAGCACGGCAGAGAGCAGCGCAACCCGAAGCAUCAGCCCUUGGACGUUGACAUCCGCGAGUGGCCCCAGAAGCACGGCAGAGAGCGUCGCGACCCGGAGCAGCACGACAGAGAGCAGCAGCCCUCGGACGUGGACACCCCCGAGAGGUCCCAGCAGCACGGCAGAGAGCAUCACGACCCGGAGCAGCACGACAGAGAGCAGCAGCCCUUGGACGUUGACAUCCGCGAGUGGUCCCAGCAGCACGGCAGGGAGUGGCACGACCCGCAGCAGCACGACAGAGAGCAGCAGCCCUUGGACGUUGACAUCCGCGAGUGGUCCCAGCAGCGCGGCAGAGAGCAGCCCGACCAGGAGCAGCGCGACAGAGAGCAGCAGCCUUUGGACGUUGACAUCCGCGAGUUGCCCCAGCAGCUCGGCAGAGAGCGGCGCGACCCGGAGCAGCGCGACAGAGAGCAGCAGCCAUGGGACGUUGACAUCCGCGAGUGGUCCCAGCAGCACGGCCGACAGCAGCAUGACUGGGAGCAGCACGACAGAAAGCAGCAGCCCUUGGAUGUUGACAUCCGCGAGUGGUCCCAGCAGCGCGGCACAGAGCAGCGCGACCUGGAGCAGCACGACAGAGAGCAGCAGCCCUUGGACGUUGACAUCCACGAUGGGGGGCAGCAGCGGGCAGCACUUCGUGGGGCCGGCAUCCUCCUCGUCCUCUACACCUUCCUCUCGGAGGUCUGGAGCGGCGCGAGCCCCAAUGCCGUGCGCCAUGAUCACCUGCCGGGCCUCGCGCUCGUCGUGGGCGACGCCUUGUGGCUGGCCGCCCUGAUGGUCUUCAUCGUGCUGGAGGUGCUGAUGCGGGUGCGGGCAACCGUCGACGGCUGCCUCGCCAGGGGCCGGGUUGUAACAACCGGGCUCGACGUGCGCCAGCUCCAGAACCGCGUCCAGGUGUGCAGCCGAGCGUUGGCCUACCUCGGACUGGGCCUCGCCGUCGCCGCCUCCGUGGGUGCUCUCACGGCAGGCCUGGUCCACGCCCAGGCCUUCGCAUCAGCACCUGCUUCCUCGACUGUCCCGGCCGCGUGGGCCAUCAGUUGGAGCGGCCUGGAGUUCGAUGCGACUCUGGGGUAUCCCGGCGAAG